GACAAGUGUCUGAGUACGUGAAAUUUUUUAAUUUGUUCUUCAUUCGCUCAAGUAUUAUUUAUUAAAUCUUACGUAAGAUUGUAUUUUUUUUCUUUUAAAGUAAUUGUUCUGUGUAAUUUUAUUAUUGUUUUUUCGAUAUCGAUUACAUUCAUGUAAUAUUUAAUUAAACUAAAACACGCAGUGAAAUUAAUCAAAAGGAAAAAAAUGUCAGAAAAAAUUGGAUCCAAAACAUUCAAUUAUUUAAUUGGCUAUGAGUGUAAUAAAAUCAACGAACAUAUGUUACCUCUAUAUCGUGAUGCAAUUAAUUUAUUUAUGUACAAACAUCAAGUUUUAAAAUUGACGGUUCGGCAAAGUUCAAGUGAUGUUAUUAAAGAAAUAAAUAGCAUUUGGGAUAAAUUUUGCAUUCCAACAAGUCGAUUGCAGCAUAAUAUUACAAAAUUAGAAAAGUUUUACGAUCAAUAUAAAAAAUUAAAACUCCGUCGAGAUAUAGAAAAAAAAUCGCCAACACAACAAAAGCAUGUACAAAAUUUUUGUGCUAAGCUUGAUCAAUUAUUCGACAUCGUUAAAAAUGACGAAAUUCAAAAUUUACCAGAUAAUCUUCGAAUAUAUUUAAUGGAAUGUCGUGCAAAAGGUAAUAAUAAUAAAUGUGUGCCAUUGAUAUUAGAAAAUCCCCUGAAUAUCGAAAAUCAACAACUUGAAGAGUUGAAUAAUGAUGAAGAUAAUAUUAAUAUUAAUGGUGAUGAAAGUGAUUUAAGUCAAAAAUUGUCUCAGGGCUCGGCAAUCAGUCAAUCAUCCAAUGACAAUGAUCUCAAGCGUGCUCAUUCCGAAUUCGAAAUUGAAAUCCCUCCGGCAAAAAUAAAAAAAGUCAGUAUUAUGACGCCUGAUAUUGUGUCAACGUUAGAUCGUACGCAAAUAAGCGAUAGACAGGCAAUGUAUAUUUUUUCUUCAGUACUCCGCAGCCUUGGAUUGGAUGUAAAUAAAUUUAAUUUGAGCCGUACAACUAUACAUAAUGCUCGUAUAAAAUUUAGAAAAGAAAUUAUAGAAACGUUAAAAAAUGGUCUUGAUAUUGCUCAAUGUCUGGUUAUUCAUUGGGACGGAAAAUCUCUCCCUACAGGUUUAACAAAAAAAAAAGUAGAGCGACUUCCGAUAGUUAUUUCAGGUUUAGAUACCGAGCAACUCCUUGGUGUCCCAAUGCUUGAGAAAGCAACAGGACUUAAUCAAGCUGAGAUUAUUUUCGAAGUGGUGAAUGAGUGGAAUAUUGCUGAUAGAAUUAAAGCAAUGUCUUUUGACACAACCAGUGUCAACACUGGUUAUUUAAAUGGCACAUGCACUUUGUUAGCUCAAAAAUUAAAAAAAGAUGUACUAUAUCUAGCCUGUCGUCACCACAUAUAUGAAAUAAUUCUACGAAAUGUGGUAGAAGUUGCAUGGCCAGUAACAACAGGACCAAAUGUGCCGAUCUUCAAAAGAUUUCAAGAUUAUUGGGAUAAAAUUGAUUUAUCUAAAUAUGACAUUGGGAUUAAUGAUAAAAAUAUAGUACAUGUAUUAAAUGAAUCUAGGAGUGAAAAAAUCAGUUUUAUCGAAAAUCAAUUAGAGAAUCAUCAACCAAGAGAUGAUUAUCGAGAAUUCUUGAUAUUAAGUUAUAUUUUUUUGGGUGGUAUUCCAAAAAAUGGCGUCAAGUUCAGAGCUCCCGGUGCGAUGCAUCAUGCAAGAUGGCUCGCUAAAGCAAUAUAUUGUUUAAAAAUCUAUAUGUUUAGAAAACAAUUCUUAAUAAGCGAUCAUGAUGUCAAAGCUUUACGAGAAAUCUGCAUUUUCCUGGUUUUAUUUUAUCUAGAAGCGUGGUUUGUUGCUACAGACGCGAUAAAAGCUCCUAAUUUUGAUUUAAAAUUGUUUCAAAAUUUACUGAUUUUUAAAAACAUAUAUCCGAAAAUUGGUGAAGCUGCUCUUGUAAAAUUGUCUGGGCAUCUAUGGUAUCUGCAUGAGCAACUUGCUAUUUUGGCACUCUUUGAUCCAACAGUAUCACGUCAACAAAAAAUCAAAAUGGCUGCCGCAAUUAAAAAUGAAAAAUCGCAAAUGACUAGAGAAGGAAAACGCCUGACGGUAAAAAAAAGUCAAUUUCAUUUAUUGACAAAAAAAGAAAUUAGUGAUUUUGUAAAUAUUAGAUCUCUUUUUAUAUUUAAACAAUUUAAUUUAGCAUAUGAUUUUCUUGAAAAAGACCCUGAGCUUUGGAACUCAGAUAUUAAUUAUAAAAAAUGUCUUGAAAUAUUUAAAAGUUUGAUGGUCGUGAAUGAUACCGCAGAAAGAGGAGUCACUCUAAUCGAAAAAUAUAAUAAUUGUCUAACGCAAGAUGAAGAACAGAGGCAAUUGAUUUGGCAAGUUGUUCAAGAUCACCGUAAAAAUUACUCAUCUUGCGACAAAAAAAAUUUCGUCUUAUCUACUUUAUAAAUUGUUUAAUUGAUGCUGAAGUAAUUAAUUAAUGAUAUACAAUUUAUUUAUUUUUUUUUUAA